AUGGGUCAAAACAACAAUCGUUACAUUUUAAUAACUGGUUGCGAUUCAGGAUUUGGCAAUUUAUUAGCUAAGCGUUUAGAUUUGAUUGGAUGUCAUGUAUUUGCUGCGUGCUUAACCCAGCAAGGAGUUACCCAGCUAGCUCAAUCGACUUCAUCGCGGGUCAAAACAUUCAUGAUGGAUGUUACACAGCAACAAGACAUUGAAAAUGCUUACAGCAUGAUUAAGGCUGCGCUACCAGAGGAUAGAGGUAUAUGGGCAGUAGUCAAUAAUGCAGGUAUACUACGAACUGGAUUAAUUGAUUGGAUGCCAAUGGAAGAAUAUAAAAAGGUCGCUGAUGUCAAUCUAUGGGGAAUGGUAGCAGUUACGAAGCGUUUUAUACCUAUGGUCAUUCGUGAACAGGGUCGAUUUGUAAAUGUGGUUAGUUUAUCUGGUGUCUUACCAUAUGAAUACAUGGGCGCUUAUACCAUCUCCAAAUUUGCUGCAGAAGGCUUUACUGGUGUACUACGUCGAGAAAUGGCACCAUUUAACGUUCAAGUCAGCAGUAUUAAACCAGGUGUCUUCCGAUCCUCGUUAGUUUCACCUCAACCACUUUUACAGAAUGUUCAAAAAAUGUAUGAAAAUCUACCCCCUGAAACCUUGGAAAAUUAUGACGAAGAAUUUAUUUCUGCAGGUACCUUCCCUACUGAUAUUGAUAAAUGA